CAUUCACCAUCUCUGGUUUCCCUAUAUCUCUUUUCUCUUCCUCUCUCUCAAAUCAAGGUCUCCUUCUUCCUUCAAACCCUAAUUUAUCUGCUCGCGAUCUUCCUUCGCUGAUCCAUGGCGACAUUGGACUCCGACGUGCCGAUGAUUCCCGUAGGUGAGGGCUCGAGCUCUGCAGGUCCUUCAUCGACCAAGAAGCCCAAGCGAUUUGAGAUCAAGAAGUGGAACGCCGUCGCUCUCUGGGCCUGGGAUAUUGUUGUGGAUAAUUGCGCCAUCUGCAGGAACCAUAUUAUGGACCUCUGCAUCGAGUGCCAGGCGAACCAGGCGAGUGCUACGAGUGAGGAGUGUACUGUUGCUUGGGGGGUUUGUAACCAUGCCUUCCACUUCCACUGCAUUAGCAGAUGGCUCAAGACUCGUCAAGUGUGUCCCCUGGAUAACAGUGAGUGGGAGUUCCAGAAGUAUGGUCACUAGAAUCUUUCAUCUUGUCCGGUUUUGGAUUUGCUAUGCAUAUGGUCAAGUUCGGAUCUGCGGUGAACUCUCUGCUGGAUGAUGUCAAGGAGGAUCUUAUACCUUUUGUCUAUCCUUCCUUUUUAUGUAAUUUUCUUCCUUAUAUGGAGUUGUUUCUACUGGAUCCCAUAAAUAUUUGUUGAGCAUUUAGCUGCACAUUUGAUUGUGAAUUUGCUAUUGUACGUCAAAGGUCCAACUUCAUUGCGCUCUUACUAGCAUUAUGAAUUAAGCCAACUUAUUAAGGUUGGUUUCUUUUGCAUAUGUUAUUGUUUUACCUUAUGGAUAUGCUGCAUGUUCAAUAGUUAACCAAUUGCGGUGAGCCUGGUGAGACUGCAACUGAGCACUUUGGUUAAAGGAUAUGGAACUGUUGGGGUAUGUUUUCAAUAGAAAUUUUGUCUUGUCCUGAAUCAGAUCUAAGAGAUAUUGAAUCCGUUUUGGAGGGACAGUUCCAGUUGAAUGGCUUUGUGCUCAUCAUUUAUAAGGGUGGUGCUACACCUCAGAGAAUAUUUUGAUUAGGUGAUUUGAGUUUCGAAUGAGAAUGUCAUUGCAGGUCUUCAAGAGUCGAAUUGUCGUCGAGACAAUGCUUAUGCCAUUGUUACAGAUAAUCUCUUUACACUACAUCAGGGGGUGGAGGUGUAAACAAAGUUAAACUCC